GUGAAGCGAUACUACGACUUCAAGCUGAAGCACUGGGACUUGUACCGCGAGAUGUACCCCAGCUCGGUGAAGGCGGUGUUCGACCAGGACCUGGUGACGACGCUGCCCCUGCGCGACGAGAAGGGCCGCCGCGUGUUGAUUCUGGAACUCGGCAGUAAGUCACUCGAUCGCCAAUUGCAGCGCUUCGAUCGCAAACCUCUCCCAAGAACGAAACACGUCUGCGGAAAAACUAGAUAUGUUUCAAGUAGUGGAGGUUCCUGAAAGUAUUCCGGGUGGAGGGGGACAAUAUCAGUUAGAACUCACGUGAAUAUUUUUGAAAUAUAUUUU